UCCCAUGAGGAGGAGACCCAAGCCCAGCUGAAGUUGGGGAGUGUAGUUUGGUCUCUGUCUAGUCCCUCCAGUUUUUCUGGGAACUGAGGGACCUGUGCUGAGCCACAGCUUUCUGGGAGAUACAGUUUGGGAUACAUUGUCUUACUAGUUAAUGGCUAGGGCUUCUUGGCUGUUUGGCUGCCACAGGGUUCUGGGACAAGCAGUUCAUCUGUCUUUAUCUAUUUUUCUUCACAUGAGAAUUCUGCCUGGGUUCAAGUGGCUAUUGAAGAGGGUGCCUGUCAGACCCUAUCAAAGAUGACUGGGGCUUCUGUAUGCAGCAUGUGAGGGAAUUGGCUUUCCAUGGGUCAAUUCCAAGCUUAUCCUGUGGCUCACCUUGGACAAGGUCAGAUCUUAGUAGGUCUGUCCUGCUGUGUGGCUGGGGCAGGAGGUGGCUCUAGAGAGCUCCUUUGUUGUGUGGGAGGUAUUUGUCCUCAUUCCUCCUGCUCUAGGGGGCUAGAUAGAUCCCAUAUUGGGAGCUUGGGAGGGGAAUUUGAUUGUGGGUCCUACUGAACCAUUCUCUGCCCCUUAUCCUAUCCCUUCCCCUCCUGGUCCCCAGGAAAAACUUUGGGUGUCUGUGUGUUCUAUGGGGUGUCUUGUCCUGGCCUCAUCUUACCAGCUCUGUCACCAUGAACAGAAAACUUCUGGAACAAUGUGUGCCAUGCAGUGCCUUGAAGACUAAGCAGGCAAUUUUGAAAUAGUAUUGUUAUGAAUGGGAAGAUGAUUUCAGCAGAAAGAAAUUUGAUUUACAUACUUUAGAACCUACAACACAAUCUGUACAGAUUUACAGAUUCCACCUACUUUGUGUUGAUUUUUAGUCUAGAGCUUGAGUCUCUAUAUUUUAGAACCUGCCAGAUCUCAGAGAAGAAGUCCAGAAUCAACUACCCCACAACAAGUUGCCCAGUGCUGGUUCUGUAUAGGGGAGCGGUUACUCCAGAGCUCUCUUGUCAGAUGUCCAGAACCAGAAAAGACGUAGACUAAAAAUGCUGGCCAUUUCCUAAGAACAGAAGAAAAUGACCAAGGCCCUGGCUAUCCAGCUACCAAGCCAGAUAUGAUCCUUAAUUUCAAGCAUGGAGAAGAGUCUUGGAGCAUAGAAGAUGAAAUGCAGUGUCAGUACUUUUCAGGUAAGAAACCAUAUGGAUGCAAUGAAUGUGCAGUGAAUGCUUGUGAACCAGUCAUGACUGUGCUUCAGAGAAUUCAUGCAGGAAAGAAAUCCCAUGAAUGCUGUGAUUGUAGGAAAGCCUUUCCCAGUAAGUUAGAACUAAUUACUCAUCAACAGACUCACACAGGGGACAGACCAUUUGGGUGCAAUCAAUGUCAAAAAGCCUUCAUUACAAAGUCAGCACUCAUCUGUCAUCAGAAAACUCAUCAUAGAGAAGGGAAAUCCUAUGCAUGCAGUAAAUGCGGGAAACCUUGUCCUUGGAAGUCAAAACUCACUUUACAUCAGAGAACUCAUUCAGGAGAGAGACCUUUCACAUGCAGAGUAUGUGAUAAAGCCUUCAUGGUUCAGACACAUCUGACUGUACAUCAGAGAACUCACACAGGAGAGAAACCAUAUGAAUGCUCAGAUUGUGAGAAAGCCUUCUCAAAAAAGGCUCAGCUCAUGAUUCAUCAGAGAAUUCACACAGGAGAGAGACCAUACGGAUGUAGUCCAUGUCAGAAAGCAUUCAUUACAAAGUCAGCACUCAUCUAUCAUCAGAAAACUCGUCACAGAGAAGGGAAAUCCUAUGCAUGCAGUAAAUGUGGGAAAGCUUUUCCUUGGGAGUCAAAACUCACUUUACAUCAGAGAACUCAUUCAGGAGAGAGACCUUUCACAUGCAGAGUAUGUGAUAAGGCCUUCAUGGUUCGGACACAUCUCACUGUGCAUCAGAGGACUCACACAGGAGAGAAACCAUAUGAAUGCUCAGAUUGUGAGAAAGCGUUCUCAAAAAAGGCUCAGCUCAUGAUACAUCAGCGAAUUCACACAGGAGAGAGACCAUAUGGAUGUAGUCAAUGUCAACAAACCUUCGUCCAGAAGUCAGAUCUCACUAAUCAUAAGAAAACUCAGCAUGCAGUCGGGAAAUGUCAUGGAUGCAGUGAAUGUGGGAAGGUUUUGUCCUCUAAGUCAACACUCAUUAUACAUCAGAGAACCCAUACGGGUGAGAAGCCCUUCAAAUGCAGUGUAUGUGAUAAAGCUUUCACAUCAAAGGCACAUCUUAUUGUCCAUCAGAGAAUUCAUACAGGAGAGAAACCAUACAAAUGUUCAGAUUGUGAGAAGGCCUUCUCCACUAAGGCACAUCUUAUGAUUCAUCAGCGAAUUCACACAGGAGAGAGACCAUACAGAUGCAAUGAAUGUCAACAGGCUUUCAUCCAGAAGUCAGGUCUUACUAACCAUCUGCAAAAUUGUCACGCACGAGUGAAAUCUCACGGAUGCAGUGAAUGUGGAAAGGUUUUGUCCUGUAAGUCAACUCUCAUUAUACAUCAGAGAACCCAUACAGGUGAGAAGCCUUUCAAAUGUGGUGCAUGUAAUAAAGCCUUCACGGCUAAAUCCUAUCUCACUGUACAUCAGAGAAUUCAUACAGGAGAGAAACCAUAUGAAUGCUGCGAUUGUAAGAAGGCGUUUGCUACUUUGUCGACUCUCAUUGGUCACCGGAGAACUCACACAGGAGAGAGGCCCUAUGGAUGCAAUGAAUGUCAAAAAGCCUUCUUUCGGAAGUCAGCUCUGAUUAAUCAUCAGCAAACUCAGCAUAGAGGAAAAUUCUCUAUGCAAUGACUAUAGCAAUGUGAGAAAUAGUUUUUGAUUAGUCCUAUCUGCUCAGAGAACUCAUAUUAAAUAGCAAUGCCAUGAAUGCUGUGAUUAUAGUGACCUUUCUGGAACUUCUAUAGGAAAUAAACCUUAUAGAUGCAAUGAAAAGUUGUAAGCCUUUCAUCUGAAGACUCCUCCCAGUAUACCACAGGGAUCUCGCCAAAAGAGAGAAACAUUGUAAAUUCAAUGAUUGUCAAAAAUUGCAUUUGAAAGUCACAGGCUGUGAGUUUAGGAGGCAACACCUGUGGUUUCAGUGAAAGUGGGAAAUCAUUCUUUUCAAAUCACAGUUGUUAUACAUUGGAGUAUUCAUUCAAGAGAGGGACCCUGCAGUUGCAGUGAGUGCAGAAAAGCCAAAAAAAAAAAAUCACAUCUCAUUGUACAUAAAAAUUUCAGGAAUGUUGUGGUAAUGAUAGCAUUCUCUAGAAAGUCAAAACUCUUUGACCAUCUUGUAUAGGAGAGAGAUCCUACAGGUGCUAUGACUGUGGUACAGUUUCCAAUUAAUGCAUAUCUUCCUUACAUCAGCAAAAUAGGAGGAAACCCCUAUUAAUGUAGUAAAUGUAGUAAAGCCUUCAUCUACAUGUCAAAGCCACUAAUUAUCUAGCAAAAUCAUAUAAUAGAUAAAUCCUUUGGCCACAAAACUCACUGCAUAUCAAGAAAAAAAUGUCAUUAAUUGCAGUGAUUAUCUACGGUGCUUUAUUUACAAUUCAGAGCCUUUUAAAGUAAUUUCGUAUUUUAUUGAACAGAUUACAUUUCACAUUUUCUGAGAUGUAAAGCAAAAAUAUGACUUAAAGAAUGUAGAACAGUAAAGGGGGUGAAGUAUAGUCACACAUUUAGUGAGUUGUAAACUAGAAAGGUAUAUAAAGAUUUGAGUUGGAAUCAGAGGGAAAACCUGUUCAGGACUGAAGGGAGGUCCUUGGUUUCUUAUUACAAAAAUUACCGUUGACUAAAGGCUAUACAAAUAAAAAGUCAGUUUAUGGAAGAAAACUCCGAAUUGCACAAAACCCCAUUAGGCAGGAGAAAUGGCCAGAAUAGAAGGAUGUGGGCUGUGGGGGCAGCUAGUCUGCAACAGGGAUGCAGAGGGAGGAUGCGGCUCACGUCCAGGACCUGUAAGUAGGAGCAGGCUGGGAAGAAGUCUAGAAGCAGAGGUGAGAGCAUUCACCCAAAGCCCUUGCAUUCCAGUCAGUUUCUAGGAUGCUGAUGCUUUUCUCAAACAAGGUACAAUUCAGAGCUUUUUAAUUGCUCUCUAAUUCACAUAGCAGAGAGAUCCUAUUCUCAGACAAGGGAACAAUUUUUAGGUUCAGUAAAAUUAUAAAAUCCCUAAGGAAUCAUAUCAUAUAUUAUAGAAAUACUAUGAUUAUGUGACUAAAAAUGCUUUCUAUGGAGGAUUUGAUGUCAGUAAGCAUCAUAAGCUCUUAAAAAAUAGAAUUUGCUCUACACAGAGCAGUGAAUGUGGGAAAAGCAUCAGUGAUUAAUUGUAUUUUAUUUUUGUAUUUCUGGAUUUAUUUCUUCACAUCUGACCAUAUCUUCAGUUGUGAUGCAUGUUACAGUCAGUGGAAUGUCCUCAUUUAGUUGUUAUGGCUUCUCUAUAUUUGAUGGCAUUUUAGAUUUGGAUAAUUAGCUAAACUUGGAAAGUAUGUAUAGAAUGAAAUUAUUUUGUAAGGGCCUAACAUAAUUGUUUUAGAAAGGAUUCCAGAGAAUAUUCUACUACAAAUAUUAGACAUUUUCACUGCAAAUAUGGUGCCAUUUGAAUAUAUAAAGAAUAGUAAGUUGAAUAGUGACAAAGGUUUGUAGGGCUUAUAUUGUGGAGUAUACUAUAUAACAUGGACUUUAUGUAUUCGACUUUAUUAUUUUUUGGAAUUACAUGAAGGAACAUAAUUUUUAGGGUUUAAUAAAUUCUCAGCAUAGACAUAGAAUAUUAAGUAAUAAAAUCUAAUGUAAAUAGGAAUGUUCUAUUUCCUUAUAAAUCAGAAUGUCUUGUAAUAUAUAAUUUGACUCAAUAAAAAUUCUAAAGAAUUA